AUGGGUCUCUCAUCGGCUCUGCUGCUCUUCCUACUCCUGACCUCCAGAGCAGGGUUCCUCGCCCUCCAUCCAGCUUCUAACCCUGGGCAACCCUCCCUCUCUGCCUCCUCCUGGGACUCAGUGGGCUCUUCACAGGGCUUUGUUUCAAAAGUCUCAGGCCAGCUCCCCAGCCAGAACUUUCCAGAUCAGCCUCAAGGUUCAGAAGCCUCUUCUGGGAUCCCUGAUUCCAACUGGUUUCCUCAAGGGCCCAAUGCAAGCCAUGUUCCUGAGUCAUUCUGGACCAAUGUGUCUUCUGGGGGGCAAUAUCUGAGCCCUGAUGUCGCCUUCUCUAGAAUCCCUGCUUCCCAAGUGAGUUUUGAUGGUUUCCAUUCUCAAGAUCCUGCUAAAGACCACAGGCCUUCCUUCUCUGUUCAAGUCCCAGACACCAAAGUACCGAGCAAAGCCCCAGGUUCAAAGCUACCCCAAGAUCAUCACAAACUUGAACUUCCUGUCCAGAACCCUGAGUCCAAAAUUUCUUCGGAGAGUUACCAGGCUGCAAGCUUCCCCCAGCAGGUGGGGGGACCCCUGGCUGUGCUAGUGGGAUCCACCAUCAAGCUCCCCCUGACUCCAGUCCCCAGCCACAGGCCCCCUGCUCCUCUGGUGGUCUGGCGCCGGGGCUCCAAGGUAUUGGCAGCUGGGGGCCUGGGGUCACAGGCUCCACUGAUCAGUUUGGACCCCAUGCAUCAGGCCCGCCUGAGAUUUGACCAGAUUCGAGGGGGUCUAGAACUCACCUCUGCACGACUGGAUGAUGCUGGGGUGUACACAGUUGAGGUCAUCAGGGGAGGAGUCUCCCAACAGAUUCGGGAGUUCACGGUGGGUGUAUAUGAGCCCUUACCCCAGUUGUCGGUACAGCCCACGGCUCCAGAGACAGAGGAGGGGGCAGCCGAACUGAGUUUGCGCUGCUUGGGGUGGAAUCCAGGGAGUGGGGAACUAAGUUGGAGCAGAAACGGACACGCCCUGGAGACCCCAGACCCCGAAGGCGCAGAGCCACCUCGUAUCCGCGCAGAACGGGACCAGCUGCUCAUCUCACGUCCGGUACGCAACGACCACGCCCGGUACACCUGCCAUGUCCGCAGCCCCUUUGGCCACACGGAGGCUGCCGCUGACGUCAGUGUCUUCUACGGCCCGGAUGCUCCUGUAAUCAGGGUCUCCUCUGACCAUGACGCUGAUCCUACGCUCUACGUUACUGCGGGCAGCAAUGUCACCUUGCACUGCUCGGCCCCCUCGCGGCCGUCGGCAGACAUUGCAUGGAGUCUGGCGGACCCCACAGAGGCCGCAGUGCCUGCGGGGCCUCGCCUCCUGCUGCCGUCGGUGGGGCCAGGCCACGCCGGCGCUUACGCCUGCAUCGCCGCGAACCCCCGCACUGGCCGCCGCAGGCGUUCGGUCUUCAACCUCACGGUGGCGGAUCUGCCCCCGGGGGCUCCACAAUGCUCAGUCGAAGGGGGUCCCGCGGACCGCAGCCUCCGCUUUCGCUGCUCCUGGCCCGGCGGGGUCCCUGCCGCCUCUCUGCAGUUCCAGGGUCUUCCCGAAGGCGUCCGGGCUGGACCUGUGCCAUCUGCGCUCCUGGUGGCUGUCCCAGCCCGCCCGGAGCUCAGCGGCGUCGCGGUCACCUGUCUGGCCCGCCACCUGGUGGCGACACGCACCUGCACGAUCAUCCCGGAAGCCCCCCAGGAAGUGCUGCUGCAGCCAAUAGUAGAGGAGACACAGCCAGGGGAUGUGGUGGUAGCACUGGAGGUCACCGGCUGUCCCCCACCUUCAAGAGCAUCCUGGGCCCGGGAAGGACGGCCCUUGGCUACAGGAGGUGGGGGUCGACUGCAGCUUAGCCAGGAUGGCCGGAAGCUCCUCAUCAGAAACUUCAGCCUGGAUUGGGACCUGGGGAACUACUCUGUGCUAUGCAGCAGCGCACUGGGAGCUGGAGGCAACCAGAUCACCCUUGCUGGGCCCUCCAUUUCCUCAUGGAGGCUGCAGAGAGCCCAAGAAGCUGCAGUGCUCACCUGGGAUGUGGAGCGAGGCACCCUCCUCACUGGCUUCCACAUCCAGGCAUAGACAGAUGGUUCUGACCUGGAUAGAGUCACCACCAGUAGGGACUGGGUCUCCCUGCUCAUUCUGGGCCCUCAGGAACGGUCAGCCAUAGUGCCACUCCCUCAUCGGAACCCUGGGACCUGGGCAUUUCGCAUCUUGCCCAUCUUGGGGUCUCUGCCAGGGACCCCAUCCCAAAGCCGGGUCUACCAAGCAGGUUCUGCCCUGAGUCCAGGGGCCAUCGCUGGCAUCGUCCUUGGCUCUCUGCUGGGUUUAGCACUGCUGGUUGGCCUUCUCCUCCUGUGUGUCUGCUGUCUGAGGCAUUUCCCAGGAAGGACUUCUGCGAAAAAGCAACUCCCCCUGACCUUGGCUCCUGUGCUUACUCCGCCAGAAAAAAAGAUGCAGAGUUUGACCCCAGUGCAGACCCCACGGCUGCUGCCUGUCAAAAGCCAGCUGCAGAACCCUCACCCUGUAAGUGUGGGUGUUGUCAUCAGUCCCAGUCCAGCUCUCUGUCCAGGUGGCAGCCCAUGGACUGUUCGGGCAGCCACCCAGGUAUGA